UUUCAUCACAAGCAAAUUUAAUUUUUAUUGGAAACAGAAAAUGCUCUGUGUUUCACUUUUAACUGUAUUCUUUGCACAGCAGUAACAACCUAUGCUACAUAAAUGUAAAACUGUUUCCAAUUUAACUCAUUGUGUAACUCUAACUGUCUUGGAGUUGCACACGCUUAAAAAUCGUUUGAAUACCAAUUUUACACACUUACACAAGGCAAAUUUCACUUGUUUACGCAUAAACUUUGGCAAUACCAUGUCGGAAGAAUCUUCUUCGUCACCUUGGUGGAACAGUAAGAGGUUACGCUUGGACGACAGUUGUAAUAACAAUUUAAAUACUACCCGGAGCAGCGAGCCCAAGAGCAACGAAAAAUGGUUGUGCUCAGGUGAUGGGACUCAUGUGGAACCAGAAAUCUUGGAAGAUAUGGGAGUUAGCAUGUUAGAAGAUGAAACGUCAUGCGAAAGUACUAGAAAAUCGCAGUCUCUGAGGCAUCCUCUUUCACCUCCUAACUCUCAUAAUGAUAGACAUUGCGAGAAGGUUAAUAGCUUUGAAAAAAAUAUUUACAGAGGUUCCACUUUUAAAGCUGUUGGUAUAGAUAGACUGGAGCAGAAUUCGUACGAGUUAGACGAACCAGCCGCUUAUUCUACGACGGGAAAUGAAUCUGGCUAUUCUUCUAAGAUGGAAAUAGAUAAUUUCAUAGAUACAAAAGAAAGUUUUUGUAAAAGCAGUUUAAAUGCGUCUUCCGAAAGAAGUAGCCUUGAACAGUUCUAUCUCUCUAGAAGAAAAAGAAAAUCUUCGGUUGUUGGCGAGGACAAAUUUAACAAAUUAUCAGAUGAAAUGAUUCUAAUGAUAUUGAAGUGGCUUCCUAAGAAGUGUUUGGUACGCUCUAUGUUGGUUUGUAAACGAUGGUGCCAAAUAGCUCGGGAUGAAGCAUUGUGGAGUAGACUGGAUUUAGGUGGCAAAGUACUGAGCGAAGGUACAUUAGGACAUAUAUUACCACGCGGCGUUCAAAUACUUCGACUCGCUCAAGCGGAAAUCGCAGAUCCAGUGUUCCUUGAAAACAGCGAAGUUUUUACCGAUGGAUAUGUUAGCAAAUUACAAUACUUAGAUCUUUCGAUGGCAGUCUUGUCUCCGGAUGGAUUGGCUAUGCUACUGUCUAAGUGUAAAUACCUGAAAAAAUUGUCGUUAGAAAAAUGUAUAGUCAGUAGAUCGUGUUGCAAAGCUAUCAGUGAAAAUAGUGAUCUAGAAAUUUUGAAUUUAACAAUGUGCGACGGUAUGGAUGUCGAAUGUCUCAGGGAUUUAAUGAAACUUAAAAAUUUGAAUGCUGUUAAUAUGUCUUGGUGCAGUUUAGAUACAGAAUCUAUGACAUUACUGUGUAAAUCUCUACCUCCGUCCGUUACGCGUUUAAAUAUAGGUGGAUGCAGAAAAACAAUGACGGACGACAAUGUGAAGGAUUUAGUAAACAGUUGUCCGGAUAUGGUGGAAUUAGAUUUAAGCGAUUGCACAAUGCUUACAAUGAAUACUGUACGAAACUUAUUAGACUUAACGAAAAUAGAACAUUUAUCGUUAAGUCGUUGCUAUGGUAUACCUCCGUCGACGUACUUAACUUUAGCAUACAUGCCGUCUUUGUUGUACUUGGAUAUUUUUGGUUUAAUGUCGGAACCAAUACUGAAAACUUUACAAGUUACCUGUGGUGAAACUCAGCUGAACAAGUUCCUAUAUAGUUCUGUUGCGAGACCAACGGUCGGUGUUCGGAGAACUAGUAUUUGGGGACUCCGCGUUAGGGAUUGAUAAUAUGUCCUCUGCGGAGGACAUUUUUCUGUAGAAGCUACGACAAGGAACUAGUAAUAAAAACCAAAGUGAAACUGGAAUGUAUGCACUAUUGUGCCUUUGCAGAGUGCCUUCUCAUUGAAAGACUGAUUUUAGGGUACUUUUCAGUCUUUUUCCCUGAGUUAAAGGACAUCUGAUUUUGUCGAUCACAUACAUAAUUGUGCCGGGCGAAGUUGUUUCAAGUUGUUCAACUACAUCCUAAGUACGUUGCGCCUUUCAUUGUUCACGCGGUAUUAUUUACAUAAUUGUACUGCUUAGGUUCGAACAACAGUCAUACUUAUGCGUAAAAACUUAUCGUGUUGUCCGUUUAGAAUCUAAAAAUAGUUGUACCUACUUAUUCGACUGACCAUAAACAUAUCUUACUAGUAAUCGAUUUUUCGUUACGUGGGCACGUAUAAGUGACGAUAUGUAUUGUGGGCUUCUAUGAAACAUUUAAGUACGUAUUUUACUAUUACUUGUGAUUUCACCUAAAACAAUGAUCAUUGAUAAUAAAGCAGACUUUUAUUUUUUACGUAAUAAAUCAUACUAAUCAGGAUACAAAAAAGUAAUUAUAUUG